UGCGCAGUGAGUGCGGGCGCAGCUCCGCCGUGGUGUCGGUUGAGCAUUCUUGGCAACGUCUCGCUCGGUGAACAGACAGUCGACCGUCGGUCAGCGAGUGUUUCCACAAUGUCUGGAGAAAUAUUUUAACGGAGUAGGAGCCGAGCGGAAACACCGGAGCAGCCUCAGAGUAAAAAACCGAGCCCUCGCUUUCUGCACUGUGACGUCAAACCUCACCACACCUGCUUCACCUGCACAGCUGAAGGCAGAACAAGACUGAAAAGAAUCCAAGAAGAAGAAGAAGAAGAACAGGACUGGUCUUAACUCAGACGUCUGUCCGUUGUGGACCAGUGAAGUCUUCCCCACCCUGCCAGUUGAAAGCAAUGUUUUUGGGAGCUGGAGGCCAUAGCACUGUCAGCAGAGUGUGUGUGGGGCCCCUCCUCUUCCUCUUCCCUAGCACCCAUCCUGACAUGGGAUGCCAGCCCCCUGCCCCCCAACCCUGAGCUCUCCUGGGGAGCCAUGAACAGCUACAGAGACAGAGGGGUCACUUGCACCUCCUCGGACCUUCUUGAUGGAGGAGGAGGAGGUGGAGGAGGAGGAGGGUUGCCCCAGCACACUCCCUUUCGUCACACCCCCAAUGGCCACCCGGCCCCUGGCCCCACAGACCCUGCCACCCAACUGCGCAUGUCUGUUCCCAAAAUGGGUGUUAGAGCACGGAUUGCAGAGUGGCCUCCACGGCGUGCACAGUCUCGGGAGUCGCUGCUUGAAAAUGGGCAAAUGGGCAGCAAUCACUAUGGAGACGAUUGCUCCACUUCGGUGUCAUCGUCAGUUUUGUCAUCUGACGUGGGGUUGGUGCGGGGUGGAGUCGCCAGGUUGCCACGACGACGGUCGAAGGAUGUAGAGUUCAGAGUAGGAGGGUUUGGAGGUGACAGAGGUUCACCUUUGAGCCUAAGAGUGUUCCCUCCACUGAGACAGCGCUCCAACAGUGAAGUGACACUGAGCGAACAGGACGAGAAUGAGGUGGAGGUUCGUGGAGGGGGCGGGAUGGGGAACCUGUUCAGAGAGUACGGCAGCACCUCCUCCAUCGACAUCCAAGGCAUUCCUGAGCAGAGCUUCUUCGACAUGCUCAGCCAGUUCCAUCAGGAGAGGCCCGACCAGCGCAGCUCAGCACCCGUACGCCUCAGGGAGCUGUUGCGCGCACCAGACUCUCCACCGAGUGGAGCUCUCCCCUCAGCUCCCUCACCUGGUCCCACAGGCGGGGACGACAGAGGGACAGGAAGAAAGGAUGGAGCCGAGAGAGUGAGAAAGAAAAGUGGAGGGACGGAGUCAUCACUGGGGACCUCCUCUUUGUUCCGGAAACUUCGGAGCUCUAGCAGAGGGGAGCUGGACGGAGGAAAAGGAGAGACUGGUGAGGACGGAGGGCGAAGUUCGACAGAUGCCUCCUACAAACAGUGGGUGUGCCCCAAGAGCUUCGUCCACUUUGAUGCUCAGAGCAUCCUGUUUGACCUCCACGAGGCGGCAGCCCAGCGAGGCUACGUCACCCAGAGGAGGAACACCGCCACAGGGGCAUCAGCUGCUUCAGUGUCCCUGUCCGUAUCUAGAUCCUCCGCUCCCAGCGUGAACGACCCCAUUUACUCCAGCAUUGAGGACCUAACACUGAGCCUCGACCCCAGCUCCACAGCACCUGCCCUCAGCAUGGACCCUCUGGACGGGCCUCCUGGAGCGCACAGCUCAAGCCCUCUGCUCCUCUGCUGUCCCCACUUCCUCAAUGAAACUGGGGGCCAUGGAGAGCGCAACAUCAGCUUCCUGAGUUCGUCAGCAGAGCGAGGAGGAGAUGGAGGAGGGGGAGAGGGAGGAAGGGGGUGGCUGAGGAGGAGUAACGCCAGCGUGUCAGUGCUGGAGGUGCCUAUUGAACAGCAGGUUACGAGACUGGACAGACUGAAGCUGUACAGCAUAGAACAUGUAGACCUGGGGGCCAGGUACUACAGAGACUACUUCCAUGGGAGAGAGCACUCAGACUACUUUGGGACAGACGAUAAGCUGGGGCCUGUGGCCGUGAGCAUCCGCAGGGAGAAACUGGAAGACACCAAAGACCUGAAAGACCAGUACCAGUACCGUCUCAUCGUCAGGACGAGCGAGUUGGUGACCCUGCGAGGCUGCAUUUUAGAGGAUGCGGUGGCGUCUACGGGGAGACACGGCACGGUGCGGGGUCUGCCGCUCAAAGAGGUCCUGGAGCAGGUCGUCCCCGAGCUCAAUGUGUCCUGUUUGAGACUGGCACUCAGCACACCCAAAGUCACAGAGCAGCUCCUUAAACUGGACGAACAGGGGUUAAGUCAGAAGCACAAGGUGGGUGUUCUGCUGUGCCGUGCAGGCCAGAGCACAGAGGAGGAGAUGUACAACAACGAGGAGGCGUCGCCCGCCUUCUCUGCUUUCCUGGAGCUGCUGGGGGAGCAGGUGCUUCUCAAAGGAUUCACCAAAUACGCUGCGCAGCUCGACACAAAGACUGACUCCACAGGCACCCACUCCCUGUACACCACCUACCAGGGCUACGAGGUCAUGUUCCACGUAUCCACCAUGCUGCCGUACAUGCCCAACAACCCACAGCAGCUACUGAGGAAGAGGCACAUAGGGAACGACAUUGUCACCAUAAUCUUCCAGGAGCCAGGGGCAUUGCCUUUCACUCCUCAGAAUAUUCGUUCACACUUCCAGCACGUCUUCGUUAUUGUGCGUGUACACAACCCCUGCUCUGAAAACACCUGUUACAGUGUUGCUGUGACAAGAAUGAAGGAUGUGCCCCCCUUUGGCCCACCCAUUCCCAGUGGCGACUUCCGUGACCCAGAAACCUUUCGGAACUUCCUUCUAGCCAAAGUUAUCAAUGCAGAAAAUGCAGCGCACAAGUCGGAGAAGUUCCACACCAUGGCAACGCGAACACGGCAGGAGUACCUGCGCGACCUGGCUGAGAACUACAUCAGCAGCACGCCGCUCGACUCAGCCGGCAAGCUUAACAACCUCAUCUCCCUUGCUUCUAAAAAACGCGAGCGCUCGAAGGCGAGAGAGGGAGCGGAGCUGGGAGCUGCGGGGGCCAUCGCCUGGAGGGUCCAGGCCCAGGACUUCAGCGGAGGUGGGACGGAGCUCCCCUGUGCCUUGGGUUUGUCGGCUGAGUAUGUCCUCCUGAUAGACUGUUCCACCAAAGAGGUGGUGUUUAACUGUUUCUGUGCGGACGUGAUCGGCUGGACACCAGAACGUCUGGCACUGAAGAUCUUCUACGGCAGAGGAGACCACAUUGCUGUGCGUGUACCGGAGGGCUGUGCGCAGGACAUCAGGGAAGUGGUGCAGAGGUUAAAGUCAUUGACAAUUGGAUGUGAGACAGUGGAUAUGACUCUGAGAAGAAACGGACUGGGACAACUGGGCUUCCAUGUUCGCCUGGACGGCACUGUGGCUGAGGUGGAGGAAUACGGCUUCGCCUGGCAGGCGGGACUGCGGCAGGGCAGUCGGUUGGUGGAGAUCUGCAAGGUGGCCGCGGUGACGCUGACUCACGAGCAGAUGAUUGACCUGCUGAGGACGUCAGUCACGGUCAAAGUGGUCAUCAUCCCUCCGUAUGAAGAGGGGGGUCCUCGCAGGGGCUGCACAGAGGAGUAUGAGAUGAAGACUAUGGAGCAGAAGCCAGAACCUGAGCCUCUGGCGGCAGGUUACAGACCCUCCCCUCGUCCAACGUGGCGAUGGGACAGCCCACCUAUCCCUCCAGGGCUCCACAGCACCCCCAACCCACAGCGCUGGGCACCCAUGGGCCCCCCGCCUCCUCCGUUGCCCCGCUCACACAAGGCCCUAAUGCCUGUUCCCUACAGAGAGCCCCAACACCUCAACUCCAAGAGGCCAGUGAGCUACCCAGAGAACCACUACACUCUGUCUCCUGCAGGAGGCGACAGAGUGCUGCCCUACAGAAACCCCUCAGCCAGCUUCUCCUCACCCUCCUCGGGUCUCAUCGGCCUCUCCACGAUGGGGCCGCCUGGAAUCACACCAGGCCCAUUUGUACGCUACAAACAUUCACCCGACAGAUAUGGAACAGGACAGCGCCCCCUGCUGCCGUAUGAGCCCCAUCUCAGCGUGGACAUCACCUCCAGUGGAGAGUCUUCCUCAGGCUUCACCAGCCAGGAAAGCACCAUGGAGCGCUGCAAAACAGAACCCCUCUGGCAUGUGCCAGCGUCGUCGUCUCGGGGACCAGGCGGUGGAGGGGGGCAGAGGAGAAUAACCAGACAGGAUGUCCCAGGCAAAGACUCUCCAAACAGACACUCCAAGGGCGAGACUCAGUACUCCAGCCACUCCAGCAGCAACACUCUGUCCAGUAACGCCUCCAGCAGCCACAGCGACGAGCGCUGGUUUGACGGAGGAACCGGGGGAGAGCGAGGAGGAGGCGGGGGCUGCCUCGGUGACCCCGCUGACACAGACCCCGAACUUCUCAACAAAGGGGGCUCCAACGACAGCGGCAUCGACGCCUCCACCCAUUACAACAACACGCGCCACGGGAACAUGUCCAACAACCAGUCCCACAAGCCCAUGCACUGCUCUGCGACCUACAGCGGCAUCCAGGAGCUGUCCGUGGGAAGGAGCAGCAGUGGAGGGGGAGAAGCAAAGAGACGCGAGUCUUCACCCAUCAUACCAGCUGCAGCCAAUCAGAACAAAGGGUACCGGACGAGGACGUUCCCGCCUCCUGGCUCCAGUGCUGAUAAAAUGGAUGCUUUCAAACCCAGGGCCUACACGCCACAGGGAUACAAGACUCCGACGGCGGAGAAAGCGCGGCCUGUCCGAGCUGCUACGGCAACACCCACUUCAGCUCAGUUAGGCUCCAUCCCUCUGUCCAGCUCCGCGCCAAAGGCCUUAUACGGGAAGGGCAGACAAACCGCCUGGCAGACCGAAGACAACAGCCCAUCGCUGUCAAACACAAACACGACAUCCAGCUCUGAUAGCAGUAACAGCAAGAAGCAGGUGGAUACGAAUUCAAAGAAUGUGUUUGGACAACCUCGACUCCGAGCAUCACUGAGGGACCUGCGCUCUCCACGGCGAACAUAUAAAAGCACCAUCGAGGACGACCUGAAGAAACUGAUCAUCAUGGACAACCCGGGAGAGACGCCACAAAGAGAUCCAUCUCCUAGACGAACCUUGCAGCGCACCUUUUCAGAUGAGUCACUGUGCAGCGGGCGCAGAGACGCCAGCUUUGCCAACUCUGAGAACCAGACGACUCCCACUGACGUACUGUUCACCUGCACCCUGCCGACACGCAGACACGCCGUGUCCUCUAAUCACACGCAGAGCAAGAAGGUGCCUCUGUCUGCGUCAGAGCUUUCUCUCACAGAAGUUAGAGACAAGGUUCCCCCCCUGAGGAGGCUCGAUCCUGGCCUGAUGCCUCUUCCUGACACAGCCUGUGGACUGGAGUGGUCCAGCCUGGUCAACGCCGCCAAAGCCUACGAAGCACAAAGAGCGGUUUCCCUCUUCUCACUGACUGAGCCGCAGGUUGGAAGUCCAGACAUGAGACCUGUCAUCAGUCCAGUUCAGUUCCACACUCCUCAGACUCCACGGACCACACCGACCUUCAGCAGUGAUGAGGCGCCCAACGAUUUGUCUGGUCGACUCUACCACCUGGAAGUCAUGUUAAAACAGCUGAAUAAUGAUCUGGAGAGAGAGAAGCAGGACAAAGUCGUUCUGCUCGCUGAGAUGGCCAACCUGAGAGAGAACAACCAGCGCUUGCAGGAGGAGAGCCAGACAGCAAGUGAGCAGCUGCGCAAGUUCAGCAUGUUUUUUACCAACCUCAACAAGACAGGAAGUGACCACGAGGCUCACUUCCUUAACGCACGAAAAUGACUCGAAGAGGGAGUGAUCAACAGCUGCAGAAGAAGAAGAGAAAGAAGAAGAGAAUGAGAUUCAGGCCAGAGGGAGGGUGAGUGUGAGAGAAAUAUUCUUUCAGGAGGCAGAGGUCACAGACGUCACCUCACUCAGCUUCCAGUGGACUGCCUUAAACCAGAGAGAGUGAGAGAAAGACGAAUUUUUAAAUGCAACACUCCCAGCAAGCCCCACCGAGCCUGUGCAUAGACGAAGUAGAGACCCUCCCUCUCUAUUCUCUGAGUGUUUAUUUUUAUAAACUGAAGUCAAAAAGUCUUAUAUACUUGUCGUGUAUAAAUAUAUAUGCUACUAUGCCGGAGGAGCGACUAGGAGAGGAGAACCUGACUGUUUUCAAGAACACUACAUCACCUGGAGAGGCCUAAUACUGUUCCUGCAGCGAAUCAGCCAAAAAAAUAAAUAAAUAAACAAAAAAAUAAAAAUAAAAACAGAUUCAUUACAGACUGCAUCUCCCAGAAUGCACUAAAAGUAAUGGAAGCUCUACAGACAUGGUACUGUAGAUAGAUGCCUGUGUGGUACAAUUCUCAUGUAUCAAUAUUAUCCACAUUGUACUGAUAUUGCAUAACAGUCGUACUAAAGAGGUAUGUGUGAGUGUAACUGAUGGUACAGCGAAUACUCAGAAGCAUUACUGCACAACAGUGUUUGCGCUCAAGGCUAGAUGCGUUUUAUUACCCUUUGGUGUGUAUGUGCGUGCGUGCUUGUGUGUUAAUGUGGGAGUGUGUGAGAAAGCAGUUGAAUGUGAUGGUCUGUUAAAGAACAACUGAGUGAUGAACAAAUUAGUUUACUGUAAUAUGAAACUCAGUGGGCCACAAUACUUUCCUUUCCUCCGUUUACAUGGAUGAACCGUGGCCCAUAGAUGUGAAACAAGCCAUCAGCGUGUUGAGUGUAAAUGGUCGGUGUCAGAAACUCAGUGAUAUAUUACCAGUAUCAUAUCUCUAAUGUAGUGCGUUGUUUGUUUUGAAUUUAAUUUCCACUGUUUCCAGUAGUGUUGUAUCAUCUCAGAUCUCAGUGUACUGGAUAAUUAUUUUAACCUUGAGUCGUUAUCACAGUACAGUACUUUUAAAUAAUCUUUUUAUGUAUUAUUUAAAGCAGUAGUCGGACAUUUUGGGAAGUAUCUACACUUACCGGUUUUCUGGCUGAGUGUCAGAUUAAAAGAUGAUACCACUGUCACUUUAACCACUUCAGUAAUCUAAUAUCGUCUGUCAUAACAAACAGUCGUCAGCUUUGCAUAUUUUUCAUACAAAUAUCAGUAUAAUUAAAUGAUUUAAACAUUAAAAGUCCGUCACUUUUGACGAGAUGCAUGGAUUCAGUAAGCAGUAUGCAGUGGGCUAUAACUAUAGCUUUAGCCUUUAGUUGUUUGCAUUUUGGAAAAUAAAGCAAGCCGAAUUCUCUUUUAGCCGUUUCUGUCAAUGACAUGUACCAGUGAAGAACUGAGAACUAUUCCUGGAUUUCUUUGAUAAUGCAGAAAAAUUAAAAACGUGAUAAUUCUCAUACAAGUUCUGGAGUUAUAAGGAGCCUCUUUUUGCUAUGAUUUCUAAGUGGGUUUAUUGACGUUUACUCUCGCUGGACGUCAGAGAUAAUAGUAUCAUUGGAAAGUGUAGGUCACACUGAAUCUAAAAAUAUGUGUAUCAUGUCUGCGUGUUGAAAUUUAACUGAGCGAGAGCAGACGAAUUGUGCUGAUAAGUGGGCCAAACCACAGUAACCAAACACAGUUAUGGACAAACGUGAGAGUGGUAUCAGUCACCUCUCAGCAAGAAAGCGCACAAAUUUAUUUCCCAAAAUGUCUGACUCUUCCUGUAACUGCAUCUCCUUUGCGUACUAAUCGAAAUGAAGCUAUGUCACCAGUAAUGUGUGCUUAUAGAAAACAUUUACUGUACAUGAAACUCACUGGACAACACUGAAGCUCCUUCAUAUCAGAACCAGUCUGUCUGUGUGUGUGAGAGGAUUUUGUCCCUGUGCUCUGUGAUAAACCCAAAUGAACACAAAAGACACUAUUUAUACUGCUAGCUUGCUUAACGAUAUUGUCUACUAUAUCUAUUUUUCAUACAGAAAUAAGUGUCCGUCUGUGUUUUUUGGAUGCUGGUACUGACUGGACAACACAUCCCUGCAGAGGGUGACUCUUAAUCUUCCUGUUUCAGUUUAGUAAUUGCUGAUAAAAUUGUACUAAAUUUUCAUCUCCUGCUCUGCCCUGUGGAACAGCUACUCAUCACUCAUCAGGUUUCCUCCCUGGUCUGACUGGAUCUGUUUGUUUGAACUCGCUCAGGUUUCUCAAGAUGCUGUUAGUAACACUAUACCGUCAGUUAGGGGUGGGCGAUAUGAUGUAUCGUGCUGCGAGACAAUUUCAGUUUGUCUGCAGUCAGAUUUUUACAUGUUGUUUAUUCCACAGUAGCUUAUCCCUAUAUUUCUGGGUGUAUUAAGUCAUUGUAGGUAAAUCAGUUAGCAUUUAAUUUUCUAGAUUAGUGCAAAACAUACAAACAUAAACCAUUUCUAAAUAGAGUUUCUGUAAAGUCGACUAUAUCAAUAUCUUGAUAUAAAAUUGCCUAUGCCGUGAUAAAAGAUAUUUAUCCAUAUCGCCCACUCCUACUCUCAAAAAUACUUCUCUCUCUGUUAAAAUAGGGAAAAAGUGUUGACAGAAAACUGCUAUUUUCUCCUGCUUCUCUUCAGCCCAUAAAAAAAAGAAAUACUUGAUCCACUUCGAUGUCACUACUUCCUUAUUCCUCUGCAGCCGGUUUUACAGCUUCAUGUUGGGCUGUUGUCGUCACAGUAACUUUGAUACCAGUAACGUUUAUACUUAAACCUCUUUGCUUUGGGUUCAGAAAUACUACUUUGACCAGUCUGUCCUAAACAAAUACAGGCUUUAGACAGGUUCAGACACUCCUCAGAAAGCUCCCAUGUUUAUUCUGGUUUCAGGUUUGGGCAUUUUUAAGGGGACCAGGCUCCGAGUGACACACUCCUGUUGUUCCUCCUCCAGUAGGAAAUCCUUCACUCAUGCAGCUUUGCAGGUGUAGCUGUGAUUUUACUUUCUACAAGUCUUAAUCUUUAGUUCGCUUAUGUAAAAGGGGCAAGGUUUCUUCUUUUUUUAUAUAUAUAUGAAUUUUGUUCAUGUUAUGUAUAAUUUUAAGCUAUUUAUAGCAUACACAGCAAUCCCUGUUGAACAAAUCAAUAAUGCAUUAUUAAGGUUAAUGGUGAUAUUGUACAACUAGGUUUGUUUUUAGAUGUUAAAUAUUUUGAUAAUUUAUUUUUUAACACAUUGGCCACUGUUGCAGACAAUAGUGAAGAUGAGAGGGUACUGUGUUUUUAUUUGUGUAUGCUGUUUUACUUCUGAUCUCUGUACAAAACUGAUUUGUAUGAUUCUUUCAUUGUUUUCUAUUUUCUGACGUCGUCUUUCCUCCUUGUGCAUCGGUGCAUUCUGCAUGUGGCAGGGGUACAUGACACGUAGACACAAACGUUUGGUCGGACAUUGUUUUCCUUGGGUUGUAAUAAUAACUUGUACAUUUUAAAGUGUAAAUUAUGUUUUCAUUAUUUUAUAAAAAAUAUAUUAAAAAAUAACUAUCAGAUGA